UAUUCUCUUCAAAUCUCUCUUUUUUUUUGUUGUAGUUGAACAUAAACUAUAGCUAGCUAGCUAUAUAGCAUUCACCACUUCCAUCAGAAUAUUAAGCAGGAAACACAAAAAUGUUGUGCAAAAGGUUUACAGGCACAAUACUACUAGCACUUCUCUUUGCUCAUCAAGUUCUUGCACUGACUAGAAAAGAUGUAGCCUCUAAACAAAAGGUACUUGUUGAUGGCGCUAUUACCAGUGUGAACAAAAAUAUAGGAGUUGGAGGAAGAAAACUAAUGGGAAAGCAAGAGUCGAUGAGGAAAGAGACUAGUCUGAGAGAAGGACCAAUUAAUGGAGGGAGUGACUACUCAGAUAUUUCAGGAAAGGAUAGCAAAGCUUCAGCUGAUGAUUCUCUCGGAAGUCCUCAAGAAAAAUUGAACACAGAGGACAUUGCCACUAUAUUGGAGCCAAUUCAAACAUUGAAAUCUGUGAGCUUGGGAACUCCUAGAAACACCAACAUCAACACCAACCCCAAUCAGUACCAUUACAAUCAUAAUGAAGAUUCCAAGGAAGAGCAGCCAAGCUUGGAUAAUUCCUCAAGUUCUGCAUCUGACAUUAAUGAAGAAAUUAUUCAGAAAGAUGAAACAAGAAGUCUUCUGGAGGCAGCAAAAGAGAUAGUGAAUCUGAUGAGCAAAGAUUACAAAGGAAUGGGUCGGCGCAAGCCACCUAUUAACAAUCAAGAACCAAAGCAUUGAGAAGAACUACUUUUCGAUGAUGGGGUUUUGAAUUAGCUAGCCUCCACAGUUUUGCCAAAACCAAGAAGCCUUUUGUAAAAUGGGUUAUGGUUGUUUUUGUUUUAUUUUGUUAAUUACUAGCACAUCAACUUUAAGCAUAGAAAACUAAAAAGUAACUAAGAUGGUUUUGUUUUCUUCAAUAUCACACUUAGAAAGUAGCUAGGUAGAAUUCUAUAAAGUGAUGUACAUUAAAGUGUGCUUUGUUGUUUUAGUAAUAUGUCGUUUGCUUUGCCUACAGUGAAAUAAUAUAUAUAUAAUGCAAUCUCAUCUUUUUUUUUUUCUC